AUGUCUGAGCAAGACGUUCAUCCAGAUAAAUACACUAAAUUCCGCAGUAGUUACAAAUACUACAUCGAUACAUUUAAUGCGUUGUAUCAGCUAAAAACGGAAAAUGAGGAAGAAUUAAUCAAGAUAUACAAACUUAUCAAAACAGAAUUGAUUGAUUCAAAUAAAUAUCAUCCCCAAAUAAUUAUGCGAGAUAUUUUAUGUAUCAUUCCGUAUAAUAAUCGUUAUACAAAGUCAUAUUUAUUUCUUGCCAAACUCAUAUCUGAUGAUUAUCAAGUGAAAAUGGUCAGCGAUGUAAAAUAA